AUGGAGGUGGUGACGGCUCUUGCUACUGUUCAGGUUCCUGAGAACGAGGUUAUGGCUGAUGUGUCUGUGGAGAUGACGGAUAGGGCUGAGUCUGAUAGGGCGUCCAAAUGGGCGCGCAAGAAGGAAAAGAUGCUUUGUUAUCGAUGUGGCGACAAGGGCCACUUCAUUGCGGAGUAUGUGGCUCUGCUUUGUGAUACCUGCGGUAAGCCGGCACACGACUCUGGGGACUGUCGGAUUCUGCGAGAUCAGGCACCGUCGCUUAUGAUGUAUGGAGUUUACUGUGCUGAGCUAACGUUUUUCGAGUCUCUGAAUGAGCGAGAGGUUACUGAUGAGACCCCGAGCAUGACUACGGGGAUUGUCAAGGUCACCAGAGGGGAGGUCUCUGAGACACAGCUCGUGCAGAGGCUUCGGGAGCUGGCCCCUGGGGAUUUCCAGUGGGACCUCGUCAGCCUCGCUGAUAAGAUGUUCAGAGUUGAGUUUCCUUCGGUGGAGGAUCUGCAGAGGUUGCUGAGUUUUGGGAUGUGUAAAGUGCUCGGAACUGAGUGCAUCCUUGAGUUUCAGGAGUGGAAGCAGGUGGAGCCUCAGGGUAAGCCGCUUACUCAGGCGUGGUUGCGAUUUUCCAGGGCCCCCUCCAAGCCGUUGCAGGAUGCUCGGGUUGUGGCCAGUUUGGGCAUUUUGGUGGGGAAGCCUGAGCGAGUGGAUAUGGCGUUCACCAGAGCUCACGGGAUUGCUCGGGUUCUGGUUAGUAUUCUGAACGUUGAGUAUGUGCCGGAAGUGGUUAAGUGGGCUUAUCGAGGCAUGAUUUAUAAUCUGGUUAUUGAGUUUGAGGAUGAGAGCAUUUUGGCUGCGACGGCUCACGGGUCCGACGUGGAUAUGCACGAGGGUGACGGCAGCGCGGGAGCAAUGGAGCCGCCGGUCGAGGACUCUGGACGACAGAUGUCCAAGGGACCGGGGUCCGAGCCCGCGAUGACCGGGGAUGGAGCGGCUCCACCCUCCUCGGUGCCUACGACGACUCUGAGAUUUGGGUCCUUCGAACCCGCUUCUGCACCCCCGAGGUUGUGGAGUGAACGGGUUGAGUCCGAGGAGGCUUUUGAGCUCGUGUUGCCUGCCUUGGGGUUUGAGGAUUCUGUGUGUUCUAUUCCUGGGGUUCCUGGGGCUUCGUCAAUCUCGGUCUGGGGAGAGGAGGAGGUGAGUCGGCAGGUGGCCACUCCCUCUCAUGCUCAGCACGCUGUCCCUCCUCAGGGCGUGCUGCCGGUGUUCGUGGCUGGUUUGUCAGGAAGGGUCCCGGGGCAGGCGGCCUCGGGUUGCUCUUCUCCUGCAGAGGUAGGGGAUUCGGGGCAGGUGGCACCCGUGUCCUUCUCUACGUUGGGAGGGGGCCUGGGGCAGGUGGCCUCGGAUACCUCCUCUCCCGUCGCGUCUACCUCUCUGCUGGUGGCGACUGUGCCAUCGGGAAGGGGCUCGGGGCAGGUGGCCUCGGAGCCUUCUUCUCCUGAGGCGCCUAUGGUGGUGGCCUCUCCGGUGCUGGGUGGGGAGUUAGGGCAGGCGGCCCAUGCACUCCCUUCACCCCGUCCGCCGCCGGCUCCGUCCUGUGGGGCGCGCCAGACGUCUGAGGCCAUGGUGAGUGCCUUUCCACUUCCUGGCGAGUCUGCUGGGGAGUCCGUGCAGACGGUCCGGCCUAGCGGUUGGGGUGAGGUAGGAGGCCCUACCCCGGCCAGGAUCUCUCGGGAGGAGGUUAUUGCGUUUGGAGGGAUUCAGGAUCCGAUGUCUGAGGGGCGACGGGUGAGUGGCCGUCUCCAGACUCAGCCGGAUGUGGACGACAUUCAGCAGCGGUGCGCCAUGAGGGCGGCCAAGCUCCGUGACGUUGAGGUCACUACUGGUAUGUCGGUUAAUACUUCUAAUUCCAUUCUGCAUUUUUCUAAUGAUGAGAUUGUUGAAAAUGCAAAUCAAUUAGGAGUUUCACUAGGUAGUAAUGCUACUGAAAUCUCUAAUUCUGUUAAUGAUCUUCUGGAUCUAGAGGCUGAGCGGGCCUUAGAGAUGAUUCGUAAUUUAGCGGCGGUUAAACCCAUGAGUGAUUCUGAGGUUGAUGCGUUGGGGGUUAGGGUGCUCGACAAUUUUUGUGCGAAUCUUAUUCCUCCCAUACCUGAGGCGGAAGAAGAGGAUGAUACUUCUGAGAUGGUUAUGGCUGGACCUUCUGAGACUGGUUGUGAGGACCGGUUGCAGAGUCAAAAUGUCUCUAAACGCAAGUGGAAACGGAAGGUGUUCCCGGUGUCCGCACCCGAACUCAAGCCCGAGUUCUUGGCUGAUCUCGUUAGGAUUUGCGGUGACGAGCAGCUUCCUAUCCUGGUGGGGGGUGAUUUCAAUAUCGUUAGAAGGCGUGAUGAUAAGAACAAUGAUAACUUUGACGGCAGAUGGUCGUUCAUGUUCAAUACUAUCAUUGAAAGUCUUGACCUGAGAGAAAUUGAGCUCUCGGGUUUCUUUGAUCUCGUAGCCAGAGAGUGGGCUAAGGAUUCAGGAGGGAAGACUGCGCUUCAGCGCUGGCAGAAUAAGAUUAGGCAUUUGAGAAGUUUCCUGCGUGGGUGGGCUAAGCAUCUUAGCGGGAUUUAUAAGGUCGAAAAGGAAAGGCUCCUCUCCCUUAUUCAGUCCCUAGAUGUAAAAGCAGAAACCACGGUGCUGCCGGCCGCGGAGCUUCAUGCCAAGCUUGACGCGGAGAUGAGGCUGAAAGAACUUCUUCGAGAAGAGGAAUUGAAGUGGGCGUUGCGGGCCAAGAAAGAAGAGGAUCUUUCAGCUUGA